UCCUGAUUGAAUCAAGCGCCAUUUUUCUUUCAGGAGGAGGGUGAUGCAGCUUAAAUUUAGUGAAGAAAAAAAAUACUUAUUGUUUGUUGCUAUUAGGAACGUCGUUGACAUUUGCAAGAGCUGGAUACAGAUAACCCGUUUCAAGUUGAGUGGUUUUUAUGAGCUGCAGUGACACCGGAGGGGCGCGUGUGGGUUUGUGCACAUUGCAGCCGAAGACAAGAGAGAGGGCGAGAACGAGCUAGAGAGCUCCCUCUUCCAGAACUAAAAGGAGAGGCAACAUGUUUCAGCUUCCUGUGGUUAAUUUGGACAAAAUCAGAAAAUCUAGAAAGAGGGUAAAAGAGGUCUUGUGCGACAUAGGACUUCAGAAUUGUAAAGAGCUGCUUGAGGAAGUCCAAAGCUUUGACGCAGGAGAUAAGUACUUCAAUAACACAACAUGGUGGGAUCUCUCAGAAAGCGAGUCACAUAGGAGACGGAAGCCAAGGUACCGCACCAAGACAUUCUGCUGCAGCCAGUGCAAGUUUUGUACAAAAACAUUGUACUCCUACAGAGCCCACGUACUGCGUUGUCAUGAGGAGGAGGAGGACCUUGAAACUCUGGCCGGAUGCCCCGUCUGUCCAUUCACUUCCCAUCCUAAAGUCAUCAAUCAGCACUUCAGGAUCUUUCAUACUAUGCCACGGAAGAACCUGACAUCACAGUCUGUACCCAGUUCUGACUCGACGCCUGUAAAUGCUGUGGAUAGAUUCUCCUGUCGUAAAUGCUUCUUUCAAGACUCUUUGUAUUACUGUAUGAAAAAGCACAUUUUAGUGUCUCAUUAUCCUACCUUAUUGAACAGUUACUAUGGGCAGCGGUCAGAAAAUGAAAUGAAUGCCUGUAGAGAAAGUGGAAUACACCCUAUCAAAUUUUACUGUAAAAUUUGCAAUUUGCCUGCUGACAGCUCAGAGGCUUUGCUGUAUCACAUCUUAACAUCCGAAAAGCACAGAGAACUGGAGGUUCACUUAAAAGCCUUGAUUCAUGAAAACACAAAAACAGGGAAAAGAAACCAGAUGAGGGUCCCACAGAUAGCCCCUAAGGUGAAAGUGUCUCAUCAGGUUCUGAAACUGUCCAUGUUGCCUGGAACCAGUGGACAACAGCAACAACAACAACAGCAGCAGCAGCAGCAGCAGAUGAAAAUUGUUUCACUUCAGCAGAAUAAACUAUCUCAAGUCAUGGGGCCUCCCAGACCUCCUGCAAACACCGCAGGGGCUGCUGCUAUUACAAAAGCUCGGCUUCCAAGCCCUCCUGUUUCUCUUGCAAACCCAGUCCACACACCUGUGGGUCAACCAGCAAUCCAUACGGUCCCUGGAGGUGCAGCAACUCUAAUACGUGCUCCGGGCAGCACUCAAGCCUUCUACCCAGGGGGUUCAACAUCUGCACUCAUACAGAUGGCUACAGCAGCUGCUAGGAGCUCACUGCCUUCCACCUCAUCCGUCACAAUCAAUUCUCUGCCUUCUAGAAGGACAACCGCUACCUUACCUGCCCCAGCCCGGGUUGUGACAUCAUUGGUACAGGCCUCUAGCCGCUCCGGGCCCACUACUAUCAGUUCUUCCAAGCAAAAUGUCUCAUUUCAGCAGCAACAGCGCCUCACUGUGGUACAGGCAGCCGUUCCGCUUAACAAACUGGGGUUACGAGCACCAGGUACUCAGCCCCUCCUUGUUUCCUCACAAAGACUGAACCAAGCCAUUUCAGCUGUCAACCAACCUAAAGGUGCUAUGCUGGCCUCACAGUCUCUCUUCAGUCAGUUGAUUCCAACAGGCAAUAAAGUGAAUGGCUUACCCACCUACACUUUGGCACCAGUUCAGGUGACAAUGCCAGUGCAGUCUGGAAGUGUGCAGAACCUUUCAACGUUGCCAGUGUCAGUGCAAAUCCCCCAAGGAAAUACAGUUUCAAAGCUCCAGACAACUAAGCCCGUUCAGACAGUCCCCUGCCAGCCUAAUACAAACUCCAAACAGGCUAAACAGUGGAUAAGUUGCCCUGUGUGCAACGAGCUGUUUCCCUCCAAUGUGUACCAAGUCCACAUUAGAGUAGCUCAUAAAGAGGCUCCUACCAAUAGCAGUAAUGCGCCGCAUAGGCUUGCAGCCCGGGCACCAUUUAUGAAGAAGAUUAAAGAAAAAACCCUCAAAUGCCUGCUCUGCAAAACUUUAAUUUCUGAAAAAGGACUUUUUGAACAUGUGUUGCAUGGCUUGAACUGCCUGUACUGUCCUGCAAUGUUCAACUCUGUUAAACAGUUAGUGGAGCACACAAAUUCUGAGCACAAUACUAAACAAAAAGCAAAUAGUGAUUUCAUGAAUAAGGAAUAUCAGCUUUACACUGAUGACCAUGGGGAACUUGUAUUUCCUUAUUUUGACUUGCACACUACUGCAUCCAGUGAACAAGUGGGGGACAAAGAAGUUCACCUAGCCCUUGUCACAGGAACACUGGAGGUCAUCUACAUUAAGGUGCAUAUCGAGGCUGUUCGGUCAGUUUGCAGAGUAACUCAGAAAGCCCAGACUAAAGAUUGCCCUUUUUGUCCAGAGAAGUUUGAGACCUCCGAGGGAUAUGAACUGCAUCUGAAGGUGAAACACCACAUAAUGCCUACAAUCCACACCAUUUUAAAAACUCCAGCUUUCAAAUGCAUCUAUUGCUGUGGUGUGUACACAGGAAAAACUACGGCAAAAGCAAUAUCUGUCCACGUGCUGCGCUGUAGGUGUGCUCCCAAGAACACCAAGGAUUUAGAAAGAACAUUCAAUCCAGACUGCACCAUUCCAACAGUCGUGUCUGUGAACGGAGGAUCCCAGAGGAUAGUCAUAGUGCCAAUGAAACAGGAUGCUCAGGUGACUUCCAAUUCCCAGGCAGACAAUCCUGCCUUUCAGAGUAAUCUAAGGCUUGAAGUGGCAACGAGAGACUCUGCAGAUGUUAGUGUGAGGGAAAGAGAACUUACAGCUACGAAAAGGAAGAGGAUUGACUCAGAUGGUGGUGCCCUGUCUUCUGCACUGGAGGAGCCUCUAGUAUGUCUUGAACUUGACCCCACUGGCUUUGAAAUGCGUGCCUAUGAGGACCGGAAAGAGUUCCUCAAUAACUAUUUCAACAAAAAGCCGUACCUGUCCAAAAAUGAGACUGAGGUGCUUGCAUCCCGCUUGUGGAUUAAUAAGACUGAUGUGGCUUGCCACUUUGGUUCCAAACGUACCAGAUGCUUGAAAACAAUCCAAAAAACCAAGGCAGUUGUGCUGUUAGGAUUUAAUUUGCGUGUGAUUUUAAGGAAGUAA